CCCCGUAAUCCAGAGGCGACAAGGAACGGACAUUGAAUUGCGACAGGGGCAUUUCCGUCAUUCCACAGAGCAACCCGUUAUAGCCCCAAACCCCACACUUUCCAUCAUACCACACUUUCUAACCAACCAACCAUCAAUGGCAGAUGUAACCACCUACCUCCGCCACCACCGCGACCCCGACCCCGACCCCGACGACGACGACCAAACCCUAAUUCCAUUCCCUUAUUGGGAUUUGGACUUUGAUUUCGACCCCGAAUUCCCCACAAACACUUUCUCCUUCACCGACCGCGAAAACCAGAUCAAUUUCGUCAUGGAUCUCUUCCACCAGCGCGUGGAGCAGUCUCAACUCACCGAUCCCCUCUCCAACGACGCCGUUUUCGGCGUCAUCGACGGAAUCGACUUAGGUUUCCCCGCCGCCGACGACUUCUUCAUCGGACGGAGAUUCUCCGUCGGAUCCGACGAAUCCGACGGAGGACACUCUCACUCGCACGCGGGGAUUGACGACGGUGUCCUGGGGUUCUGCGCGCAUUCCGACGAAGACUACAACGAAAACGACGACGUUGCGAGCAUCCCUCUCUGCUGGGACGCGCUUCAAUUGGAAGACAACAACAACAACUACGAUGACUUCGAGUGGGAGGAAGUGAUAGACGAGAGAGACGUUCUCAGCAUGCUCGACGACACCGUUUCCGUUAACCUCGGAAUCGAAGCAGAAGCAGCAGCAGCAGCAGCAGAAGAAGAAGAAGCAGAAUCAGAAGCCAGCAUUUUGGAGUGGCAAGUUUUAUUGAACUCCAACAAUUUGGAAGGACCAAAUUCGGAGCCUUAUUUCGGAGACAACGAGGAUUUCGUUUACACCGCGGACUACGAGAUGAUGCUCGGGCAAUUCAACGACGAUGCGUUUAAUGGGAAGCCUCCGGCCUCCGCCUCCGUCGUGAGGAAUCUUCCGUCGGUGGUUGUGACCGAAGCUGACGUCGUUUGCGCGGUUUGUAAAGACGAGUUUGGCGUUGGGGAAGGGGUGAAGGUGUUGCCGUGUUCGCAUCGUUACCAUGAGGACUGCAUUGUGCCGUGGUUGGGGAUAAGAAACACGUGUCCCGUUUGUCGCUAUGAGUUCCCCACUGAUGAUGCUGAUUAUGAGCGGAGGAAGGCGCAGAGAUCUGUUGUUAUGUGAUAAUCAUGAUCAUGGUGUUAUUAUUAGGGUCAGUUUUUUUUUCUUACUUUCAGUGAUAGGGUAUAAAAAGUAUAGAUUUUUUUUUUUGCUGCUGAAGAAAAUUGUGCUUGUUGAUUUUCCGAAAUUUGAGUUUUGGGAUGAUGCUUCUCUUCGAAUUGUACUUUUGGGAUACAUCACAGAAACGAUUCAUUUUUCCAUCAUGGAAUCUGUUUAUGUUGUGAUUUCUUCAUGUUCUUGUUCUUGUGGAUUGCUCUGCUGCUAUCUUGUAUCGUUCUGGGUUACGGCCAGAUUGGAAUUCUGUGAAAGUCUUAGCUGGUUCCUUUGACGGAUUUUAUA